CGACCAUUCACUCUCGCUGUCGGCGAUGUAACACACCGACAGCAUCCAUUCGGGACGCACUGGAAAUGAUGCUUAGGCUACUGUAUUAUUUGUGCGCUACAACAAAAAGCACUCUGGCGUGUGUUCGCCUCAACUAAUUGUUGCUUUUUCAGAUGAGAAUCCCUCCCUGCAGGCUUAAAUUACAUCUCUGCAGCAUCCUUGCAGAGCAGCCUUUGCUGUCGAUUCCAUUUUUCCGGCUGCAUUUAGAGGUGCCAUCGACGGAACCGGAGAGUGGGCUCACAUAUCUGGACUCCCAGCACAGCAGCACCCUGGACUUGCAGCGGACGAUCUCAAUUCGAUGUGCAUGGAGUAAAUAAUUAGGAGUAAGAAAAAGUUAGGAUUUUUUUUGUCUUUCUUGUGCACGGAUUUAGGUUGAUGCGAAUUAUUAAGAGGCGUCAGGUAACCAGAGGAGAGGCUGGUGUGCAGAUGAGGAUUACGAAGUCGUGCUCGUCAGACGCGGCGCUGUUCACCUGGAAUACCUGAAGCUCUCCAAUGACACGCAGCUGCAUCAACUUAUCAACACUGUUGCAUGUUUUCACGACUGAUAUGUCGGCCCUCGUGGCCUCGCUUAUAGAUUUAUGUUUUAUAUAAGAUCGGUCGCGGUCGAUUCGAAGUCCUGACAGUGCCAUAACUCGCAGCAGCUGAAUUACACGCUACCGUCCCCUCAAGAGGAUGCUGCUUGAAGCGCAAUGAUGCCAGGGACUCGGAAGAUUUUCUGAUCAGGAUGACAUUUGGUUGAAACACUCGUGGACCGAAACACAGAAUCAACUCUUUUUUUUUCUUUCUUUCUUUUUUUUUGCGCCAAGAAGCUGCACCAGGAUCCGACCUCUGCCGAACUAGACUCUCGGUUUUCAGACUCGGUUCGGGGAGAUGGCCGCGAUUGCCAGCUCCCUGAUCCGGCAGAAACGCCAGGCGAGGGAGUCGAACAGCGACCGGGUCUCUACUUCGAAACGUCGCCCCAGCCCGAGCAAAGACCCCCGCUCUCUCUGCGAGAGGCAUUUCUUGGGGGUCUUCAGCAAAGUCCGUUUCUGCAGCGGCAAGAAAAGACCCGUUCGGCGGCGACCAGAGCCGCAGCUGAAAGGCAUCGUGACACGACUGUUCAGCCAGCAGGGCUUCUACCUGCAGAUGCAGCCGGAUGGAACCAUCGACGGCAGCAAGGACGAGAACAGCGACAACACCCUGUUUAAUCUUAUUCCUGUGGGUCUGAGAGUGGUGGCGAUCCAGGGGGUGAAGAGUGGCUUCUACAUUGCCAUGAAUGGCGAGGGCAUGCUCUACAGCUCGGAGAUGUUCACGCCGGAGUGUAAGUUCAAGGAGUCUGUUUUCGAGAACUACUAUGUGAUCUACUCGUCCACUGUGUACCGGCAGCAGGAGUCGGGCCGGGCCUGGUUCCUUGGCCUCACCAAGGAAGGACAAGUCAUGAAAGGCAACCGGGUCAAGAAGACUAAGCCCUCGUCGCACUUUGUGCCCAGGCCCAUUGAAGUUUGUAUGUAUAGGGAGCCGUCACUGCAUGAGAUAGAGGACAAGCACCGCUCCAGGAAGAGCUCAGGGACUCCCACCAUGAACGGAGGGAAAGCUGUCAAUCAGGACUCCACAUAGCAGCAGGGGGAGGGGCUUCCAACUGGGGGCGUGGCCUCAUCCUGACUCAGGGGGAGGGGCCAUAGGAAAACUCCCCCCCCCCCUCCUCCCCCCCCAAUUACGCACCACCAUCCCCUCUGAAAAAAGAGGGAGUUGGGACGACGAUGAGGAGCAAUUACUGUAAACCCAUGACAACAAAAACAAAAACUGAACUCUUGCCUGUGACAACUUUUAGAUGAAUUAAUAUGAAACCAGAGGAUAUAUAUAUAUAUGUAUAUAUGUAUGUGUAUGUAUGUGUGUGUGUG